UUAGCUUUACGCGGUGGUGUUACCUGGCCGUAGAUUCACGUCGUUAUGGCAAGCCGAAAAACUUCGCCCCCACACCGGGACAGUCAGGACAAAUACUCGAUACUGUUACCGACCUACAACGAGAGGGAAAACCUGCCCCUGAUCGUGUGGCUGUUGGUGAAAUACUUCGCUGAAAGUGGCUACAACUACGAGAUAAUUGUCAUUGACGACGGAAGCCCAGACGGGACACUUGAGGUGGCGAAGCAGUUGCAGAAAAUCUAUGGAGAGGAUAAAAUACUUCUACGACCAAGAGCAACCAAGUUAGGCCUCGGCACCGCGUACAUACACGGCAUGAAGCACGCCACCGGGAACUUCAUCAUUAUCAUGGAUGCAGAUCUUUCCCAUCAUCCCAAAUUCAUCCUGGAAUUUAUUGACAAGCAGAAGGAAGGUGAUUACGACCUGGUGUCUGGUACCCGUUACCAAGGGAACGGAGGCGUGUACGGAUGGGACCUGCGCAGGAAACUCAUCAGUCGGGGAGCCAACUUUCUGAGUCAGGUGCUGUUGAGACCCGGAGCUUCGGACCUCACGGGCAGCUUCAGGUUGUAUAAGAAGUCUGUGCUGGAGAGUCUGGUGGAGCGGUGCGUGUCCAAAGGGUACGUCUUCCAGAUGGAGAUGAUCGUCCGCGCCAGACAGCUCAACUACACAGUCGGAGAAGUGCCCAUUUCCUUCGUGGAUCGAGUUUACGGAGAGUCCAAACUCGGAGGGAACGAGAUCGUGUCGUUUGUGAAAGGACUCAUCACGCUCUUCGCCACGACAUGAUCAUCGGUCUUCGGUUCGGACGUCACGCGAUCACCGAGCGCUCCUUUCAGUUUUAAAGUCGUUGUCCUUAAUACAGUAUAAUCAGAAUGUCAAUAGAACGGGACAGGAGCGGUCCGGCUGUCACACGAAGGAGACUUCCCCCGGUAGCGGCCAAUAGAAGGUAGUUUGCUGUCAGUAGUCGUCUCUGGAUACUGAAGGAACGUACUGCUCUACAUUCCCAUCAGCCCCUGAACGCAGCACGUGGCGUCACAUGGUGUCUCGUCAUUCCCAGUCCAGACAGCUGACUGAACGCUACACACACACACACACACACACACACACACACACGGCUGUCAGAUGGGUGUCAAGUACACGUUCUACUGCUACCCCUGUGAUUGGUUGUUUACAAUUAAACAGUCUUUUGUUUCUGA